AUGACGCCACUUUCAUCCAACUUUCAGGCGCCACCUGAAGAAGAAUCGGCGGAGGACCCUACUGGUGGCCGCUAUGCCAUGAAAGUCAUCUCAAAGGAGAACUACAUAGAAAAGGAGCAUGUCUUCGGAAAAGAGAUAGAUAUCCUCAAGGAGCUCCAACAUUCCCCUGAUAUCGCCAAAUUCUUGGAAGGUAACGUGGUGGAUGGGGCGUUGUACAUGCGGUUCGAAUUGUGUCCGGCUGGUGAUCUGUUCGACUUUCUGACUGAACACGAGAAAGUGUCCGAGGAACAGGCCGCUCAAAUGAUUCGCUGCGUAACGCAAGCCCUCGACUUCAUGCACGAGCGUCGCAUCGUACACCGCGAUAUCAAACCCGAGAACCUUUUGCUAAUCGCCGCUGGCAAUGGGAUGUUCAACUUGAAAGUGACCGAUUUCGGGCUGUCAAGUUAUAUUGCUGAGGGGCAAUUGCUGUAUGACUGUUGCGGUACUCCAACAUACGUUGCACCAGAAGUACUUCUAAAUGAGGGAUACGGAUUCACCGUCGACAUCUGGUCGCUAGGGAUCAUUUUGUACAUCGUCUUGGUCGGAUUUCCGCCAUUCCAGACCGCUACCCGCAACGAGGCCGAUCUCUUCAACCAAAUUAUCGAGGGCUUUGUCUACUUCCCGUCGCCGGCUUUUGACAAGAUUAGCUGGGCCGCGCGCUUGGUGAUCCUCCAAAUGCUGCAAGGGAAAGACAUUCGCCCCACCGCCAAAGAAUUGCCACAGAUCGCCGGAGAUUGGUAUAAGGACGCGACGAGCACCGACGAGAACGAGGAUAUGGCUCGUGAAUUGGUCACUCACCAUCUCGCCUUCAACACGAACGAUGGAGAAGGUUUUGAUGAUCCGGCCGACUUCGUCUACGAACGCCGUGCUUCCCUGGACGAACUUUCUGGCGUACACGCAGGCCCG